CCAGAGGAGGAAACGAAGUUGUGGGACAGGUUGGUUGUCUGUUCUUUGCUAGAAGGGCUGUGGGACACUUUCAUUAGAAUCCAGAAUCAUAAAAUACAGUGUUUAGACCAAUACGGAUAAUAAUUUGGGUAAAACGGGAAACUUGUGAGGCUGAACUUCUUGUGGUGAGUAGAAUUCUUCAGAGAAACUGACUUGAAACUGCUGAAAGUGAGAGUAAAGCUGCAUUCAGAGAGGAGACAGUUUGGUGUAGAGACAAAAUGGCUUCUAAACUUGAAGAGGAUCUCACUUGUGCUGUGUGCUGUGAUAUCUUCAAGGAUCCCGUCAUUUUAUCCUGUGCUCACAGUGUGUGUAAAGCCUGUUUGCAGCAGUUCUGGGAGAGUAAAGGACACAGAGAAUGUCCCUACUGCAGGAGGAAGUGCUCAAAGGAUUUAUAUCCUACUAACAUGGCGUUAAGGAACCUGUGUGAGACCUUCUUACAGGAGGGAAGUCAGAGAGCUUCAGCAGGGUCUGAGGUGCUCUGCAGUCUGCACAGUGAGAAACUCAAGCUCUUCUGUCUGGAGGAUAAACAGCCUGUGUGUGUGGUGUGUCGAGACUCUAAGAAACAUAAAAAUCACAACUUCAGCCCAAUAGAUGAAGCAGCACUUGACCGUAAGGAAGAGCUCAAGAUCAAACUGCAGCCCCUACAGAAGAAAAUGAAGACCUUUAAAGAAGUCAAACUCAUCUGUGACCAAACAGCAGCUCAUGUUAAGACUCAAAGCCAGACCACAGAGAGGCAGAUCACAAAGGUGUUUUUGGAGCUUCACCAGUUUCUACAAGAUGAAGAAGCAGCCAGGAUAGCUGCACUGAGGGAGGAAGAGGAGCAGAAGAGUCAGAUGAUGAAGAAGAAGAUUGAGAAGAUGAGCAGAGAGAUCUCAUCUCUUUCAGACAAAAUCAGAGCAAUAGAAGAGAAGAUGGGAGCUGAUGACAUCACAUUCCUGCAGAACUACAAGAGCACAGUGGAAAGAGCCCAGUGCACACUGCAGGAUCCAGAGAGGGUUUCAGGAGCUCUGAUCAAUGUGGCAAAGCACCUGGGCAACCUGAAGUUCAGAGUCUGGGAGAAGAUGCAGGAGACUGUUCAGUACACUCCUGUGACUCUGGAUCCCAACACUGCACACCAACAACUCCACCUGUCUGAGGAUCUGACCAGUGUGAGACGUGGUGAUGAGAGACGGCAGCUUCCUGAUAACCCAGAGAGAUUUGAUUGGGCUGCCAGUGUCCUGGGCUCUGAGGGCUUUAACUCAGGGACUCACUGCUGGGAUGUGGAGGUUGGAGAGAACACACGGUGGAGUGUGGGUGUGAUGACAGAGUCUCUCCAGAGGAAGGGAGACUUUACCUCCAUGAGUGGACGGUGGUUUGUGUGGUAUAACGAUGGUAAAUAUGGAGCACGUGCUGCACCACAGCCCUCCACUCCCCUCACAGUGAAGCAGCAGAAACUCCAGAGGAUCAGAGUGCAGCUGGACUGGGACAGAGGAGAGCUGUCAUUCUCUGACCCUGAUAAUAACACACACCUACACACUCUCACACACACUUUCACUGAGAGAGUGUUUCCAUACUUUAAUGGUGGUAGGGUGUCUCCUCUGAGUAUUGUAGCAGUGAAGGCCUCUGUGUCAGUAGAGCAGCCCAGUUAGAGCAGAAACUGUCUCUGUCUGAACAAGAGCCCACAUGCAGAGAUGGAUGGAGGCAUGUGGGGUUCAGUCAUGAGUCACUCACACAGUAACUGCAGUCAAUCUGAUAUCUGACCUGUGAGGCAUCGUUUUCUGGCUACUUUAAUUUAGUUCAGAAUUGAAUUGUCUGAUGUUCUAUGUUGAGUAUCCUCUAAAAUAAGAUGCCAUUUAUUACACUAUCCUGGUAUUUCUACAUUGCCCAUUUUUUGGAAUUUUCGAAUUUAGCUCAUUUAGAGGGCCAUCUGGUGGCCAUUGUUGGAACACAAACUACAAACUGUGACAGUGCUGACUAUUUGGCUAUAUGCAUUAAACUAAAAUAUAUUUGUUAUUUUUUUUUUGAUUGGUGUAUUAGGCCUAUUCUGUGCACACCUGUAUAUAAUAUUUGUAUGAAUUGUUUAGGGAUGUCACUUUCCUGUAGGGGCUUGUGAAAGUCUCAGUAUGAAUACUGCCAUCUAGUGGUGGUUAUUGUGUAACUACAUGCUCCUCACCUGUGAGGUUUCCAGUAGCAGAGCAGCAACACAGCACAGUCUCAGUAUGAAUACUGCCAUCUAGUGGUGGUUAUUGUGUAACUACAUGCUCCUCACCUGUGAGGUUUCCAGUAGCAGAGCAGCAACACAGCACAGGUGCAGCUGGUCCUGCUGCUGUCUGAUCUGAGGUCAGAAAUGCUGGAGAUUAAACAGCACUAUAGAGACUGAGAGCACUGCAGUAAACACAAACUCCUGCACUAGUCAAGACUGAUUAUUACAUGAAUCAAAUCAAAUGUCAUGUAUGUAUUGUCGUUGUAAGUGUCUGUCUUUAUAACCAGAUGAAAGCUGUAAUUUAGAGCAGUAAGGUUUGGACUACUGAAGACAAACUUGAUGUGAGGGAUGAAUAACCAAAAAGAACUGAGUUUUCCACAGUGACAUUAAACAACAUUACUGAUACCAGGACCCAGAUCAUCACCAUUACACAAAGAGAUAAUUUAUGGACAUAUCAACAUAAUACAAUAAUGAUGUUUUUAUUCAUAAUAUACACUGAUACAAUGUCA